AUGGCGAAACGUUUCAAGUUCCGAAUCUCCCGAGUGAUCCCCUCCUUCCAAUCUUGCCGUUCAAAAGACCCCUCCACUCUCCCCUCAAAUCCUGUCCCUUCAUUUCUCCCCCGACCACCCCCCUUAGUCAACCACGUGAACUUCCCAGCCACCACCCCACUACCACCACCUCUACCGUCCAAAAUCCAUCACCACUCCUCCAUCAAACGCCACGUGUUAUUCUGUGGCAUCAGAUCCAGACCAACACUCUCCGACGACGACCGCACCAGAUCGCCGCCCGACCAUCAUCAUAAGUUCGAGUGGGAAAGAGAGGACAAGUGGCACGUGGUCGCCAAGGUCUACGACAUUAACCCACGCAGCAAAAUCUACACUUCCUCCGCCUCCGCCUCCUCCGACGUAGACGACACCGUUUCGCCUCCUCCCUCCUCCGUCUCGGAGCAGAACAAGAAAACGAACCAAAAACGACGAGUCAAAAACAAAAAGAAGAAAACAACGACAAGUCGCAUCCGGAUCAGCACGUCCUCCUUCGAAACCGGAAUUUUCAGCAGCGAAGGCGGUGGCGGCUUGGACGACGAAGAAACCGAAACCCUCGUCUCCACCAGAUCUUCCAGAAGCUUCUCCACCGACUCAUCCCCGCCACUUCCUCGCCGGAAAAAGAAAAAGAAGCGUGGCAGCAGCGCCGCGAAACGCAGCGUCUCGAGAAGGUCAUCGGCGGAGAUGGAAACGGCGGCGCCGGCUAGGCUGUCUGUGUUUCAGAGGCUGAUACCGUGCACGGUGGAGGGGAAGGUGAGGGAGAGUUUCGCGGUGGUGAAGAAGUCGGAGGAUCCGUACGAGGACUUCAAGAGGUCGAUGAUGGAGAUGAUUUUGGAGAAGCAGAUGUUCGACGAGAGAGAGUUGGAGCAGUUGCUCCAUUGUUUCUUGUCUCUGAACUCGAGGGAGCACCAUGGGGUCAUCGUUGAAGCUUUCGCCGAGAUUUGGGAGGCUCUGUUCUGUUGCGCUACUGGUAGUGCAAGAUCAUCAUCUGGAGCAGGAGUUUCUAGAGCUCUUUAA